UUAAACAUCUCUGUUUCCAAGACAGUAAAACCCAUAUUCUGGCGCAAAAUCGCCCAAAUCUUGAACUUUUUAAUCUAUAGUUAUCGAAGAAACCGAAGCAAAUUUCUGAAUUUAAAAAUGGCUGACAACGAUUACCGGAUUUUACAACAUAUUUGUUUCUUCUGCAGCUUUAAUUUCAACUGGGUUCAUUAUACUUCUCUUUCAGAUUUUGUUGAAACACUUUCAGCAUGGAUACUUCCUAGAGGAUUUCGUUUCAGGGAUCCUGAAAACAGUGAUGAUAGCACAUCGGAUGAAUAUUCAGAUUCUAGUAUCGAUGAAUCUAGUCUUGAAUCAAUGACUGGCAAGGGGAUAAAACGUCUUUGUUCAGAGCUUGUUGAGCUAAAGAGGGCAUCAGAUGAAGAUUUUCACAGAAAUAUUUGCUCGAAUUAUUCGUCAUUUGUCCGAAUAUUCAACGAGGUAGGAACCAUGGAAAACGAAUUCACUCAUCUAAAACAACAUGUUUUAACACAAAGGAAACUAGUGAAAAACCUGACAGACGGCAUUUACCACAAUUUGGUGUCAGAAGAAUCAAUUAUUGAAGAAUCCUUAUAUGAGGAGCACUAUCAACCGAGCAACUUAGAGAUAACAGAAACACUGGACAUACUUUUGUCAGAACAUAGACUAGAUGAAGCUCUUGGGAUUUUGGAAAUAUGGAUUCGGCCUCUAAAGAUAAUACAGUUGGAAGAGAAUCCUCCAAUGCAGGUUUUGGCCUCUUAUAGUUCUGCAAUACUGGAAAGGAAGUCGAGACUUGUGAAUCAACUUGCCCUUGUCGCCAGUCAUCCAAGAGUAGCUGCGCCAGAAUUACAGAAGGCACUUGCCGGACUACAAAGACUCGGUGAAAGUCAGCUUGCAACACAUAUAAUGCUUAAAUAUUAUCAUCACCGUCUUCUUAAUGGUAUAAGUAGUUUGCAGUCUUCGAAAGAAUAUUUGCACGGGAUUUACUUUAAGGAACUCACAAAGUUUGUUUUUUCUGUGAUCUCACAAGGAGCAAAGAGUUUUGAAACUAUACACGGAGAUAAAUCACCAUAUGCUUCAGAAUUUAUUCAGUGGAUGCGUGAAGCACUGGAAGUCUUUGUUAUAUGUUUUGAUAAGUAUGUUAAGUCUGAUUCUGAAAUAAAUGGUCGGUUGUCAACGGCAGUAGCAGCUGUAGAAAUUUCUUUCUCAUUUUGUUCCCUGCUUGAAGCUCAAAGCAUAAUGUUGCAACCGUGCUUGGUGAAGCUAAUGAGACCUUGUAUGAACGAAGUUCUAAAGAUGCAUAUUGACCAUUGUAAGAAAGUUGUUGGUAUUUUCACAGCAACUGAUGAUUGGGUACUCGGUAAAUACCUUAUUUCAGGAAUUCUGAAUAAGAGAGCCUUGCCCAUGAUAACUGGUCGUGAACUGGAAUAUUGGAUGCUCACCAACAGCGGAAGGAAAUUAACAUCAAUGCUGCAGGGUAUCAUUAGUGAAGUUUUGCCAUUAAUCGACCUUCAAAUGGAGAUCUCAGUUCUCAAUGGACUAAUGGAACUCUUCAGAGAAUAUAUUGAGACUCUUGUUAAAGUCAUCCCUUGUAAAAUGAACAUACUAGGUGCAGGCAGUUCAAGAGUAAUUUUGGCUCAAGCUUUAUCCCAACAAGUUUCUGUGUUGGCAAAUGCAUCAGCACUUGUAGAUAUUUUCUCAAUCACUUUCAAGAGCAUAUUCAUGGACAAUCAGAACUUAGGUUUUCAGCCAGAAAAUAUGGGUAGCCGCGGGAAGGAACUUGAUAACUGGAUAGUUGUGAUUCAACAAAUAUCAAAUCAACUUACCACUCAUUUCUGCCAGCAAUUUGUGCAUAGAGUUAUGUCUCCAGAUGCUGGAUCGAGAGUUUGUGCAGAAACUUAUACUGAUGGUCAAGAAGACUCUGAGUUAGAUCAAGAUUUUAUGCCCUCUUUUGCAUUUCAGAUUUUUGGAAAGCCAUUGAGGAUAAAUCGACCAUCAAUGUCCAACAAUCUCGAGGUUUCGAGCAGUUUAUUGUGGACAUGCACUUUCUGGUGGAAAUAUCAAGGUUUGGAGGGUUCUUUUCUGAAAACAUGCUUGAUGCUUCUCUGGAUCUAAUAUAUCGCAUUGAACCAGCAUUUGCUUGUGUAGAAUGUGAUCCUAACAGGGAUGUACUUACAGACGAAUGGGCCACAGAUAUUGCUAUGCCGCUAUCAAGAAAAUAUUGGAGUCUGAGAUAUUAAAGUCUCCAUCCGUAGUAGAACCUAUAGUGUCUACUUUCUUAGAGGAUAUUGAGAGUGGGAAGUCAAUCGAUUCUGUCAGGGAAGAUGAUUUUAGUUCUAUUGAAGAUUUUGCAGAGUUGGAAGAUGGAAUAACAGAGAAUUUAUCAAAAGGUUUGGCAAUAGAUGAAGAAAUUCAAAAAUUAGAAGUUACCAUAUCCGAUGAAGCUAUGAGCAGGAUACACAUGACUGACAAAACUCAGUUGGCACCUUUGGAACCUUCAAGGAUUUCUGUAGAGGAAAAGUAGAAGUGUGGGUUUGAGAAUUUAAGUGACUCUUAUGAAGAUGCUAGAAGUUCAAUAGAAGAUGUUACGGAGGUGGAAAAUGAAGUAGUUGGAGUAAAUGAAACUGCCCUAAUAAACCAAGAGCUUCGGCAAUUUGAUGGCAUAACCCCUGCUCUUGAAGUCGUCAUCCAGCUAGAGGUGGCAAAAACAAUAAAGUUAGACGAAGCACCAUUAAGGACUUUUGAAGAAGAUUUUGACGUAAAAGAGUCUUUGAAGUCAAAUGUUGUAGAGCAGAGGAAGGAAAAGGAUUCUGGAUCUUCAUUGGAAAAAUCUGUGGAGUUCGGCAUUGGCGGACUAGCAGUUGAGGUGUUAAAAGCUAUCAUACUAGAUCAUCAAAUGCAUAAUUCAGCAGUAGUUAUUUCCAAGGAACCCCAAGGUAACAACUGAUAUGAAUAUGAUGAAGACGAGGAUGAGGACCAGAGUUUAACUGGCUGGCUUGGAAGGUUCAAAGAAGACUUUGGGACUGCAAAUGCAGCCAUUGCAAAGCCAGAGGAGAUUGAAAGAAGGCAAUUUCCAAAUGCUUGUGUAGUUGACGAGGUGUCUGAUGAAAUAAGGCAAAAGGCAGAGUUCAUUGACGAGGAGGCUGGUACUAAUAAUAACCAAUGUAAUGAUUCUUAUACCUCAGUUGAUGGGCAUGCUGUAUAAUAUUUAUGAUAAUAUCUAAAGACCUUGCCAAUAAC